AUGUGUAUAGUUAAGAAAGCAAUAUAUGAAUUAGAAAAGAUUUAUAAAGAUGAUUAUAUUUGUAUAAAACUAAAUGGAUUAAUUCAAACAACCCAAUCUUCAGUUUAUAGACAUAUAGUACGUCAACUAGGAAUUGUUGAAAAAGGUGUUGAUGCAGAAAAAAUAAUAGCUGAUUUAGAUCAUGGAGAAUUUGUCACAAAACCUUUAAUAUUUAUAAUUUAUAAUUUUGAAGAGUUGAAGAAACAUUGUACCGAUAAAUUUAUUAAUAAUUUAUUGGAGUUGCCACAUAUCACUCGACCUUAUAUUAAUUUGAAUCGUCUUGAAACCAUUGAAGACUUUAAAGAAUUAAUCAAAAAUUUAUUAAAAAUUGAUAAUUCAUUAAUUCCUGAUGCAAAUUAUUGCAGCAUGUUUAAUGAUAAAGUUCAAGAAUUAUUGAAAACUGAAUCUUUUAAGAAGAUUAUAAAACAAAUAUUUGAUUUUUCAGCUGAUGUUAUAAGAAAUUUGUCUCAAACACAAAUUUGGAUAUUAAUUGCCAUAAAAUCAUUAAUUCUUCUUCGUGAUCGUGACACUUUUAAUUUUGAGAUAGUUUAUGAUGCUUGCUACGAUUAUGUUAGAGGUCAUACAAGCAAUAACAUAUUAUUAAAAGAACAUAUUGUUUUAGCAGAAUAUGAGUUUUUACACUCAAGAGGACUAUUGGAAUAUGUGGCGGAUAAAGAAAGAAAUCCCUCAAAAAGAUUAAUGAUGUCAAGAGUUUUGUUACUUCCUAAUCAAAUUUCUGAUAUUGACAGUGAGACAUCUUUAUUCUGA